AGACAUAUUAAACUGGAAAAGGGAUGUCGAAGGAUGUUUAGAACACUUUAUUAAUAACCUCUCUGUUAGUUCAGUACCUCUUGUGUCUCAUGAAUAUUCCCACAUCUCAGAACGACUGGAAAGUUUACAGAAGAUUCGCAUUAAAUAUGAUCUAGAGUCUAGGAGGGUAUAUGUCGUCGGCGAACGUGAGUUUGUUGGGAUAGCAAUCAUGGAAAUAAAGAAAUUGUUAAGUGCCGACUUAUCUCAGGAAAAACAGAAACAAAUCAAGUUAUCGUGUUCCGAAACCUUUCUUCUGAUGAGUUCUGACAUCGAGAAAGAAAUUACAAAACAAGUGAAAAAUAUAAAAGUAACAUUAAACUUGGCAGGAAAUGAAAUUCGUUUGUUCGGAAAUGAAGAGGCUUUGCAUUCUGCCUGUUCGAUUAUUUCCAACGAACGAUAUGGCAUCAAAGAGAGACUUGUUAGUAGCUUGUCCCCUGAACAACGAUAUCUAAUUGGACUCCCAAGCACCAAAAGGAUUCUAUGUCAAAAAAUCAAGGCUUCAAAUGCCCAGUGUUAUAUUGACACUUCAACAGCUGAUACAGUCAAGUUAUUUGCAUUCACAGAAAAUGAUUUAAAUAAAUCUGAGAAUCUUCUUGAAACAACAAUAAUUGUUAAGGACAUUGAUAUCCAUGGUGAUUUUGAGGGCUCAAUAAGUCCAAAGGAGUAUGGUUCGUUGUUUAGACAAACAGAGAGCAAGUUUGAUGGUCUGGUGAAAAUUGAAUACGUCCCAGAGAAGUUCGCAGUCAGGAUUGUAUGUGUCGUGGAUCACAUUGAAGCCGUUAGGAAGGAGGUUGAAAUAAUUCUCUCCAGGAGCCAAAUGUUUGAAGUGGUGGAUCUAUACAGACCCUGUUUAUUUAGACAUCUGUUAAAGACAAGAACGGAUGACAUGAAAGCCCUUUCACAGAAAAGCAAUGUUGUUUCUUUGACAAACUCCAAACUUUGUGCACUGAGGGUUAAAGGCAAAUGUAAGGCUGUUUCACAUUUCCGGGAUCAAGUUGCAGACGUUGUGAAAUCCAUUGCAUGGAAGCGACAUCACGUGCCAAUACCCUCAAAGUAUAGGGAAAGUUUUACUGAUAUGUGUUUGGCAUUAGAGACUAAGACUGAAUGUAAAAUAGACGUUGUCAGCCAAAAAUGUAUAACAAACAUUGAAUCGAUAGAUAGAAAGAUAAUUGUAAUGGCAGGAAGUCUUAAAUACAUUGAAUGUGACGCCAUGGUUGUGUAUGCAAAUACAGAACACAAGCCUAAGGGUAGACAGUCAAAGCUGGUAUAUCAAGCAGGUGGAAAGUUGCUUUUGAGGGAAUGUAGAGAGAAGAAAUCAGAAGCCGGUGAGCUGGAGGAGUGGACAGUUGUGUCAACAGGGGCCGGAAACUUGAGGAACUGUUUGUCUUUGUUACACGUUAUAACUCCAAAUGCGUGGUCUCAAGUCCCACUAGAGUCUUUGAAGACAGUUUAUCAACUCUGUCUUAGUACGACGGAGAAACAUCGAUUCCGGUCCAUAGCUUUGACCUGUGUUGAUGGACUAUCAAUCAUUCAACAAGUGAAAGCCUUGAUUAGCUCAAUUAAAACGUACUUUGAAUGUUUUCCCGAGAGUGGAAUAAGAACCAUCGUAUUUUGUGACCACAGAAUGUCUGCAAAUUCUUUUCUGGAUGAGUUCCUGACGUCAACACCGUCAUGGAACUGUAUUGUAGAGAGUCAUUUAAAGAACAACGUUUCUUCGUGGUUUGUUAAAUCAGGUUGUGAAUGGAAGAAGACCCUAAAUAUAAAUCAGUCGUCAUCGUUUAAAUUCAAUGUUGGAGACAUUACUGUUUGUGGAAUGUUAGGGGACAUAACGGAUACCAGGGUGGAUGCUAUUGUCAACAGCUCUAACAAAUUCCUGGACCUGACCAAAGGUGCGGUGUCUCAAAACAUUUUAAUCAAAGGUGGAACCAUACUGGAAAAUGAACUUAAAUCAACAGAAAAACGUCGUGAGAUCGAUAAGCAAGGUUUGGCUGUAACUACCUCCGGUGACCCUUCACAGAUCCCCUGUUUGUUUAUAUUUCACGUGGAUUCCGUUUCCGUCAGUAGAUCUUUUAAAGUGACUGUUGCUUGGAAAAAGAUGGUUCUUAAAUGUUUACAAAAAGCAGAAGAAAUGAAAUUGUCAAGCCUAGCAUUUCCUGCACUGGGAACAGGGACUUUACAUGGAAACAUAAGGACGACAUCGCAGUUCAUGUUGGAGGCUCUAGAAGAAUUUGUCAAAAGAGGACCCAUUCACCUAAACCAAGUCUUCGUCAUAGUUCUGGAUCAGUCCGUGUUGGUGGAGUUACAUGAUGCAAUGCGUGAUCGAUACAUUGAUAACCUGAGGUUAUGGAACCCUGAAUACGAGGGAGAAAUGACAGGUGAAGUCCUGAUUUGUGGAGAAUCGGAGGAUAUUGUAGACAGAGCGGCACAAACCAUAAACACAACACUGUUUGCUAUCCCCACCAACACGUGAUGUAACAUUUAACCAAUUAACGCAGAAUCAUUCGCCUUCCACAACAACACGUGAUGUAACAUUUAACCAAUUAACGCAGAAUUAUUCACCAUCCACAAUAACAUGUGAUAUAACAUUCAACCAACUAACGCAGAAUCAUUGUCUUUCACGCCUACAGGUGAUGUAGCAUUAAUAUUCUACCAAUUAACGAAGAAUCAUUCGCCAUCCGCAACAACACGUGAUGUAGCAUUCAACCAAUUAAAACAGAAUCAUUCGCCAUCGACAACAACACGAGAUGUAGCAUUCAACCAAUUAAAACAGAAUCAUUCGCCAUCCACAACAACACGUAACGAAGCAUUUAACUGACUAACUCAGAGUCAUUCGCCAUCCUCACUAACACGUGUUGAAGCAUUCAACGAGUAAUUCAUUCAGAAUUAUUCAGCCAUCCACAACAACACGUGAUGUAGCCACUUAACGCAGAAUCUUUCGCCAUUCAAACCAACACGUGAUGUACAAUGUAGCAUUCAACAAAUUCAACAAAGUAACGCAGAAUCAUUGGCCAUUCUCACCAACACGUGAUGUAGCAUUCAACAAAUUAACGCAGAAUCAUUCGCUAUCCUCACCAACACAUGACAUGGCAUUAUUUAAUCUCAAUUAUGCAGCUAUCAUCACGUGACACAGUACUGCGACAUCCAUAUGGAUGUUUGACAUAAGCUUACAAAAUUCAUGAACAAGGCAAUUAGAUCAAAUGUAAGAUACAGUAAUUGUCUGAUGUAUUUUCUUUCGUUCUGUUUUGAGGUAGGAUUCUUCUCUGGUUUCUGACUAGAUGGAAUAUUCAAAGUAUAUUUGUUGAUAUGUCUGAUAUAUUUAGAUGUAAGAGAUUUAAGAGACCAUAUUUUUCUUUCCUCAUCACAAUUAUACAACUUUAAAUAGAAAUGAUAAACUGCGUUUGAAAACUAGCAGGGACUAUAUUUUUGGCGGAAUGGUGGCGUAUGAAAAUAUCUUCUUUUCUGCCUCUCAGAAUAAUUAUAGAACAUUGAAUUUAGUUAUAAUUUUUACGCAAUAAAAGACUAGACGAAAUUUUCAAAUGUAAGUUAAAUUUAUAAUAAGGGACUAAAGUUUCAAAAUAUAUCAAAUAAUAAGAUUUUUCACACAUACUAGAACUAUGUUGGCUUUAAAUGCUUCAAUUUUUACAAAAAUCCGUAAAAAGUGUUAUUUCUCUCUUAGUAAACGAUCAAAACUAUUAGUUUUUGUAUCAUUUUGUACCUUUAUGUGACAAUUUUACUAUAUGUGAAAAUUAGAAAAAGUUAAAUGUAGGAAGCAUAUAAAAAUAACUAAUAAAUCCGAAAAAUUUAAGAAAAGUAGAGGAAAUUCGGAUUAGCAAUUAUCUAUCUUAUUUAAAUUAUCCAUGUCAAUUUGGUAAUAUCAUCUAAUAGGCCGUAUAUGGUAGUAUCUUUUUAUGCAAAAAGAAAAACAUUCAACAUGAUUGGAAACAGUAAUUUUUUUAUUUUUGAUGUCCAGGAAAAAGGUAAUGAACUUGACCUGACCUCGCCUCUAAUAUUUAACUGUCAAAUUUAAUCUCACUGAAACCAUCACUUAGUGAUAUUGUCCUCUUGAUUCUGUGAAAAUUUCAUUAAUUUUUAAAUACAAGAAAUGUGAGAAGAAUCCUACCUUAAAUAUUAUUCUGUGACAUAGAAUACACCAAACUACCUUUUUGCUAUUUAGUCUUUGUCAAUCCCUGAUUUUUAUUUACUAUAUUAAAAUGCUGUCAUUUUCA